AUGGCCAGCACCACAGACGCCUUCACGGAGAUAUUGAUAAAGACCCGAAUGAAGGAGCAGAACGACAAGAAAAGACACCGUCUCGUCGUAUCAUCAAGCGAAGAGAAGCAAGGAAGUAGCAUCGAGGGUAUUGCCAAAACCGAGGAAGAUACUAGCUCCGAGGAGGUUGUCAUUAUCGUGGAACUUGACCCAGAGCUGAACCCGGAUUUUGCGCUCCUCAUGGUACUACUUUGCCAAAGAGCUAAUGAUCUACAUAUGUGCUUCAACUCCAAAUGGUGGAUGCAUAUUGUUACGAUUUCAAAUGAGGACUUUGAUCAGCGCAUACAAAGGCUUUGUCUGCGGCGGGAUCCGGGAUCAGGCCACUGGUGCUUGCCACGGUAUAACAGGUAUAUACUGGAGUGGUCUCGUCAUGGUACCGUCGUGGACACAUCGCUAAAGACGAUGGUGGCUUCGUCCAGCGGAAGGAUUAG